GCUGUUUCCUGUCUACAGUGUCUAUGUAAUGUAGAUAAAUGUGAGGAUUUUCUCUAAAUCCCUCUUCUGUUUGCUAAAUCUCACUGUCACUGCUAAAAUCAGAGCAGAUAGAGCCUGCGCAAUGGAAUAAAGUCCUCAAUAUUGAAAUGUGACAUUGCUCUCAACAUCUCACCUCUCUCUGGAUUUCUUUUCUUUUUUUUUUUCCUCCUCAUUAUUACUGCUAACCAAUUCAUUUCCAGAGUUUGCACUUAAGAAGCAAUGGAAAAAAUCAACAGUCUUUCAACACAAUUAUUUAAGUGCUGCUUUUGUGAUUUCUUGAAGGUGAAGAUGCAUACUGUGUCCUACGUUCAUCUCUUCUACUUUGGCCUCUGUUUGCUUACGUUAACCUGUUCCUCUGCUGCUGCUGGACAUGAGACGCUUUGUGGAGCUGAGCUGGUUGAUGCUCUUCAGUUUGUGUGUGGAGAAAGAGGUUUUUAUUUCAGUAAACCAGCAGGGUAUGGAAGUAAUAGACGUGUAAACCCCACCAAAGGAAUAGUGGAUGAAUGCUGUUUCCAGAGCUGUGACCUGAAGCGCCUGGAGAUGUACUGUGCACCUGCCAAACCACCAAAAUCAGCACGGUCUGUACGUGCUCAGCGCCAUACUGAUAUGCCUAAAGCACAAAAGGAAGUGCAUUUGAAGAACACAAGUAGAGGAAGCACAGGAAACCGGAACUACAGAAUCCCAAUCCCCAAAGCGCUCCGCCGGCACAAGCCCCAUUGAGGACUGGAGCCUUAAGCAAGGAGCUUGCCUGCAUCAAACUUACACACGGGCAAGCUUCCUUUUACUAUACAGUAGAUGAAAACAACUUUUACUUUGAGGUAUGACAGAGAGACUAACCAAGCCCGAGCGUUUACCUGAGGAAAAAUCAAUUGCGACCCAAGGAGAGCUGUGAAGCAACUGAAGCACCGCACUGGUACAUUUGAACAAGUUUUUCUGCAGAUAUCUGCCAGCCAUCCACACACAAAAUUUCUUAGUGAUAACAUAUUGCUUUUAAAAAACAAAAUCAGAAUGCGGUCAGGAAUGUUAUGAGAGACUUUGGAAUUCUACAGGUAUUUUUACCCAUGCAUCCUCAGAGGCUAAGAUUACCAAAAUUGCUUUCAAACUUCUGAUGUUAUCUGCCUGAGUCCAAUAGCAUCUACUCUUAGAAGCCAACUAGACUGGCUGAUACCUGGAUGCAUGACCUCCUACAAAUCUAGGUUGUUGUAGGUAGUCCUCUAUUGAUAACUUAUUUCUGUACUGAACUGCCAAAAGUCUAAAUGCUGAAAUGAAUGUCCAAAUGGUUUUCUAACAGACAGUUGUUUCAGAGAAAACUAUGAAUGAGUCCCAUACCCCUUAAGCCAGGAGUCUAAUCCAUACCAGUGUUUAGAAGGGAUGGGAAUGUAUGGAGGCAUUUGCAAUUUUUUAAUAUCACCACAAAGCCACUGUUUCUAAUGGUAAAACAGGGAAGUAAUGAAGGGCACAUUUGCUCAUGUUGGCACAAGUCCUGCUGAGCUGAACGGGCAAUGCUCCAGUACAACGCUUUGUAGGUUGGGCUGUAAAUGUCUGGAUUUGUAUAGUGCUUAGCUUUCUUUCUGAUCUUGCAAAAUGAAAAGUGUCAUAAUGUGAUGACAGGCAAAUGAUAUUUCAUACUGUGUAUGUAACAUUGCUGUGUUGCAAACUCCCCCCCCCCACUGUCCCCCACCAUAUCAAAUACUUCAACAGUACCGUCCAUCCACAAACACACAGCAAAGUUAAGCAUCUUGAUACUGACCAAAAGAUACUGACCUGCUCAAUCAACAGGCCACUCAGAACCAUUUAGCCAGGUUCCCUGCUCUGUGCAACCUGUCCAACCUGGUAAAUACUGUUCCAAAAACAAUUGUGUAUUCAUGCUUUUUAAGGCCUCUUUAUAUAUCUUUACCAUAAUUAGUCCAAAACAUCUCAAUAGUGAGCUAUCGAGUUUUCAUUCUUUCAAAAAUAAGCAACCUACAUUGAUGGCAGUUUUUUUAAAAAAGGGCUCAGUCAUACUGUUCUCAUAAAGGCUACUGCAACUUUUGGUUUGUAGAAUGUACUGAAACGUUUGUCAACCCCUCUUGGGAUCCAGUCCAUAAUGUGAAACAUUACUGUAAGAGGGUAUCUUUCUAAUGUAUUUGUAUGUAUAGUUUACACCUCUGUGAGGUCUAAUAAAGAAUAAUGGUUAAUAAACAUCA